AUGUCUGACACUGGAGAUCACUCGGAUCUAUUUGUCAUUUCGAACACUCCGGGCGAUGAGCCCGAGAACAACAGCACCCAAGGGCCGCAGGCGGGUGCUGAUGAGCCGCCUCGCACUGAUGACGAAGAGGAGCACAAUCACGAAGAAGAGAAUGAUGAGCACGAGGACGAGCAAGUCCGUAACAACAGUCCCAGCCCAAGCCCAAGCCCCAUUCCGUCGCCAGUCAAACCGGCAAAGACAAAGGCACCAAAGCAGGUUGCCAGCGCGCCUAUCGUUGGCAAAAAGCGGACCCGCAAGAAUACCCAGGAGAGCAAGAACGUCUCUGCCGACCAAGAGAGCGAGGACAUCAACCUCCAUGUAGAUGCCGACUGGUCCGAGGACGAAAAGGAGGAGAGAGACUUGAAGGAGCCCCCGGCCAAGCGCCUUGCGGCCGCCACCGAAAGCAGUGGUCCUGUAACGGUCAAGAAAGUCAUCGCUAAGCAUCUCGAAAACUUUGUCAUCCGCGCAGUGGUCACUCGCAAAGAUGUUGAUGUCAUUUUCGAGCACGAGGAGGGUGCCAAGGAGAAGCUCGAGCAAGAUACUGGCGCCCAGAUAACCAUUAUCGCCGGCAAGGAUGACCCCGACAUCGUUGUUGACCGCGUCCUGGUUAUCAAGGGCCAUAUUGCCAAUGUGGCUGCUGCUUACAAGGUGAUUACUGAAGGCAUGCUGUCGAUCAAGAAAAAAGCGGCAGCUGCCACCAGCGCUGCAAACCAGGCUUCUUCUGAGAAAGAGGCUGCAAAGGACGAUGAGACCUGCGCUGAUGCCGCUGACGACGACGAAGAGAGCGCUUCCAAACACGGAGGCGACGCAGCAGGUGACGAGUCGGUUACUAAGGACGCUGCCGCUACCGACAAAGACAACGCCUCCGGUAGUGGCAAGCCCGCCGCUGAGAAGAAGCGUAGGAAUGGAAACAUUGACCGAGUCACGCUGCGCAUGUUGGUUCCACACAAGUGCGUGGGCAGCAUCAUGGGCCAUGGCGGCAAAACCAUUAACCACAUCCGCGACAGCUCGUCCGUCAGUAUCCACACUUCCGAGCUGACGCUCCCACAGUCCUCGGAGCGCAUUGUCGCCGUGCUGGGCACCCCGGUGUCCAUUGAAAAGGCCAUUUCUCUUAUUGCUGAGGCCCUGACUAAGGACAUGAUCUCGUAUAACAGCCCCGACUACUAUGUGCCCGCUGCCCACCUCCCGUCGGCGAUGACGGUCGAGACCAACGUUCGCAAGCGUAAGGACAACAAGCGCACGGGACAUGGUCAUAACGAACAGUACGCCGCCAACCGUAGCCACUCGAGCAAUCGGGGCAACGGGUUCCGCCAAAACAGCAACAACAACAGCGCCGCCAACAAUCAUGCCAAUCACAGACAGGGAGGCGGUUACGCGCAGGUCAGGCAACCUAACUAUGCUGGCGGCAACAUUAAGGGCAAUGCUUCUGGUCCAGGCAACAGCUUUGGAUUAAACAAUAACCCGGGCUCCAGCCGGUUCAACCCGUACGGCGCACCCAGCCCCAACCGCAACGAAAAGUUUGGGCGGCACAAUGAUCGCCAGAGCGCGCGCAACCGCGUCUCCGGCAUUGUGAGCCAGGUCAACCGCAUGCCUGUCGGCGCUAACGGUGCCCCUCAGGGACAUGCGUCAAAUCAGUAUGGCAGCAAUUACCGCAUGAACAGCCACUCGAACAAUGCCCGGCCGCUGUUGACACCAGCCAUGUCAUACAACACAUAUGUCGUUCCGCCGACCACCACGUACCCAAAUUAUGGCCCGCACAGCGCUGGUAGCAACAUCAAUGGCGGCAACAUGGGUAGUGGCAACAUGGGCGGCGGUGGAGGCGGAGGCAUGCCUGGUGGGCGCUAUGGCGGCAGUGGCAUAUCUCCCGUCUCUCCUGCCCAGCCGCUCGUAAAUGCCUACAACAACAACUACAAUGCUGCACCCGCGCCCGCGCCCGCACCUGCGCCCUACCAAUUUGUGGCACCGGUACCUUACGGUUAUCCAUCCGCACCCGCCCAGAACAUGUACAACAGCCGCCCCGCGCCACCUGCCGGUGCCUACCAGCCGCGGCCCUAUAAUUCGAGAGGUAGCAACCGUCCCCCGAUGCAGCAGCAGCACCAACUUCCGAGCCAACAGAAUCAGCAGCAACACCAGCCGCAUCAGCAUCAGCAGUCGCAACAGUAUCAUCAGCAGUCACAGCCACAGCAGCAGCCGAAUCAGCAGUACCAGCAGCAGCCACAGCAGCCUCUAAACCACCACCAACAGAACCGCCACUUCCAGCCGCCAAUGGGUAUGGGCAGCACGGGUCCAGUGGGACCCGUAGGGCCGGUGGGUUUGACAGCCGGAGGACCCCCACCUCCCGUUGCGGGCCAGACGAUCCAGCAGAUCUACGUUCCUGGGGACAAAGUUGGAGCGGUCAUCGGCCGUCGCGGAGAGACCAUCCACGAGAUCCGCCAGUCCACCAAUGCUCGUGUUGACAUUCAGGACUCGGCGCAGGGCGCAAAGGAACGGCUGAUCGUCAUUACCGGCGGAUACGAUCAAGUGCACUCGGCAUAUUAUAUGAUCAAGAACAAAAUUGAUAUGGCGCGGCCGUCAUUGACGCGGCCAUGA